AUGCCAGGCUAUCCUCAGGGAACCGCUGCUGAAGUGUUGGGUAACACCGGACGCCUAUACAAUCUGGCAAUGGUGGGGUCGACGCUUCCGUUUCAUAGCGAAGAAGCUACAAAGCUAGAAGUUCCAGCCAUACUUCGAGAAAGGGAAAAAAACGUAAAGAGCACGAUUUUGGGUGAGCUCUGCGAUGUGGCACUAAUCGCGGGUGGGGGUGAAGGGACUGCGAUUUCGCUGAAUGCCAUGGCGCGAAGGAAGGGCACCUACGUUAUUCCGGUUCCGGGUACCUAUGCCGCAGGCGCCGUAAGUGAGGCGAUCAUCAGCGAAAACUUAAAGCCGCAAUGGGCUCCCGCGCAAUUGUGGGCAAAUCUCGGUCGCGCGCAGGCUUCUGUUGAAGCCGUGGCGAACCUCGUGGUUGCAGUCCCUAAGGUAUCACCGUAUGAUCCAUUUUUUAGAAGUGUUGUGCCGCUGUGAGUUCCACAGAAAUAGUACAGCUUGUUCUUGUUUUAUGAUUUUUUGCAUCUAGUAAUAGUGUCUGAUUAGGGUAGAAGGUAUCAAAGGAAGUGUAUGAGUUUUUUGUUUGUGUUUUAUUGAAUAUUUUAUUCGAGAAUCCACGACUUCAUCUCGUCACGAACGAACUACAAGCACUAAAUAAGUAGUGGUGCUUACUUUUGUUUUCUCGAGCUCGACCUUGACUACUUAGAGUAAAUAUGUAUGAAGCCUCCAGCGACUCCUUUAGCCGAGGCAACCCAUCCGAUCCUACCCCAUCUCAUUGUUCGUAACAUGUACAUGCUUACUGUUAUUGUUAAAAUACACAACCACUGAGAUUGCUGCUCGAGAUGUGCGCAAGCAAAUGCACUUCUCUGUGAAAACAACGGUUUGCCUGGUUGGUGGCGCUGCCAGCGAGGCUGCGGGGAAAUUCGCGACGAAGCUUGUCGACAACUUUCCUGCUGAUGGAGCAAUCGCAUUUGUGUCGGGUGGGAUCUCUGGAGACGCAGCGGAAGAGGCUUUCCACAAAGCUUUCUUGACCGCAAAUCCUGCAGGUCGGACGUACUAUCUGCAAACACAGGGCAAGGCCCCGGCCUCGGAUGAUAAGUCACUGGAUCUGACAAGCAAGCUUGGUCCCGCUUUUGGAGCACUGGAGGAAGACAAAGUGUCACGAGAGGAGAAAGACAUCAAAAGUGCAAUCCUCGGAGAGCUUUGCGAUGUGAUGUUGGUUGCAGGUGGUGGGCCAGGCGCGAUCAUGUCGGUCAAAGCAGCUGAACGAAGAAGCGCUCCAGUCAUUCCGCUGCCUGGAACAGCAGGGAACGGUGGCUACAGUGACCAACUCAUCGCGAAGGGAGAGAAGCCGCAGUGGGCCCCUGCAGCGUUGUGGGAAAAUGGCAAACAAAGCGUCGAAGGCGCAGUUGCUCUUGUGAUGAACACCCCACAGGUAGAGGGCUUUGAUUUCGUGAUUCUUUGAUAAGAGUACUAUAGGCGCGCACGAGGAUGAGACCAGCCUAGAUCUGGAGUAUGGCUCCUUGGGUCCUCUCUGCUGCUUGCAUGAGAUCUUUAGGAAACGUCGCUUUUGAGUAAUUUUCAAUUGAUGGACUGCGACUGACUCUUGAUGGUCAAUGCCGUUGUGGGGAUGAUGUGCUUAGGCUGUCGCAGUCGCUCCCUGUGUUUCUUACAACCAGUAUAGAACUGUCCUCAAGCGCCUGGGCGAAUCGAUCCCCUCUAUGUGGGCCUCUCUCAAGGGGGCCCGGGGCUUUCUGAAGUACGCCUGGUGGCAUCCUUAUAUAGGUGUGGGGGCUUCCCUGAGAAGCAACUUGACGGCUCUGCUUAUAAAGAUAAUGCCACGCACAAAGCGUCCCGACUUUUGGAUCAAUGCUCGAGCCUGUCUCGAACUUUUGGCACUAUAAGUAAGGGUCAACGAUUGUAGGGGCCUCAGGGUCGACUCCGCUAGCUUCCUCUGCCACAGUAGCCACGCCAGGCAGCCACACCAGCCAGCCUCGCCUGCCACGGCGAGGUGCCACGGCCUUAGCCUGGCAGGGUGAGCUACUGUAGUCUGCCACAGCCAGCUGGCCCAGCCGCAUUUCGCUAGCUUUGCCCCAGCUGAAAAACUCCCAGGAAUUUUGUACCGGGUAACGGCUAUCCAGCCACAUUAAUUUGUGGGAGGGUUCGUCUAGUAUCUGGUCAGCGUGUGUCGCGCGAUUUCUAGGCCGCCGGCGCCCUCUGCGCAGGCUCUCGGAUCUGGUAUCCAGAUAGCACUAGAGACGCCGUGUGCACGUGUACUUACUUUCUACUGUCUCCUCCUUCAAAAAGAAGUAGCCCAGACACAUUCUAGUAGCUGUCCUGUCGUCCAAAUAUUCAGAUGUUGGCUCACACAUUGCGUGGAAAUGGGCAACCUUUCGAGGGGAAAACAGUUCUCUGUAUGCUGGGAGCCUCAAAGGAAAGUCCAGAAGGGGAAGAAUCUUCUAUUUUGACCAAAAUGGGAGCUGCGGCUAAAACUGUAGCCUCCACUACUCAAGGUAUGGUCAUGAUUGUAACAGGGGGCCUUGCGGACGAUGGGGUGACACUGGCUGUUGGAAAGGCAUUCCCGAACGACGAUGCCAACUACAAAGGCCUUGUGUCGCUGAAGUCUAUCGAAGAGAAACUCGGGAUCACAGACGCGGAAAAAGGUAAACAGGACGAAAAAGACAUCAAAAGCGCAUUUCUCGGACAGGUCUGUGAUGUGGCUCUUGUUUACAAGGGUGGUCAGGGUGUUUGGAUCACACUCGAAGCAUUUGGUCGCCGGGGGGGUGUCCCAGUUAUUCCGAUGGUGGGGUCCGGUGGCGCUGCUAAUGUUUUGGCAGAGAGACCGCAUCCGGAUUGGGCUCCAGAGGAGCUGUGGAAAACAGAGAAGAAUGAGGAGAAGCUUCUCAAUGGAGCGCCGCCGGUACCAAGCAAAAAUAUUACUCAACUAUGAUAGCCAUAGCCUUGUGUUUCUUCUAGUUCGAGCACCAGUUGUAAGCCUUUUUGUUGCAGUGAAGUAAGUAGAAGAUGCAGAUAUUUAACGUUACUUAGCCUUAUGAAGCUGGGUAAUUCCACCCGCUCCACGUGGGCUGGGUAUCUCUUCAUCAUCAAGAAUGGGAGCCGAAGCCGCUUACUACCAUGGCUUUCUCCUACGAGGAUGGUUCCGCAUGUAUCAUAUCCACACUUCUCAAACAAAGAUGAGGCGCUGUGGGCCUUCUUGGAACAAGAACAAGUUUAGCACUCAACAUUCUACUGUUCCGUAGAUGGAGAUCUUGUUAAGUGGGCGGACUGUUACAUUCUGCCUAGAAGACCUGAAUCCCUCGACUUCUGGUCUGUCGUGGCGUCCUUUGUCUAUGGCAAGGGAAACCGCGACAGAGCAAGAUGGAGCGACGGAUCUGGUAUGUUUUUCGUAGGUAAUCGAAAACUCAAAAUAACCGAGUUGCUGACUGAAAUAAGGAGGGGAGCUUCACAUCAAGGCUCCUCUUCCUUCUCGUCAGUAUCUCGGAUAUUCUGAUCAGCUAUCGAAUAGAUCGGUCGGCCCUGGGGAUGUGCGUGUUUGCUUUGGGGUGGAGGUUCUAAAUGUUGAUAUUCGUCGUGAUCGUGACGGGGAUGAGACGCACUUCCAAAGUGCGAUCUUGCGUUUUUAGGGAAGGCUCAACUCUACAUCCGUCCGUCCGCAGCUUCUCCUUCAUCUCGUGAUAGCUACUUGCCUUGCUCGGUUGCGACACGCUGCUAAAGUGCCGCGUGCUCCUUUCUUCUCUUGUACUUAAUGAUUUUACGUUUUUAGUAUUAUUCGUUCCAUGAAGAUGAGCCUGACAAGGUUGGCAGCACUGGAGGGCACGGACGGUAAGAAAGGUUUUUGUGUUUCUUGUGCCAUGAGUUGUCUGUGACGUAUUUGUUGUAUGAGUCACCCUAGCUGAUGGUUGAUCUGUACUGGUAAGUCUACUACCGCAUUGGCAUUUUCGAUUACGUUUUCGUGACGUUGUUUCGUGUGUGGAGGGGUUGUAGCUAUGAUGUGCAUUGUCUUUGUCGUCCUUGUCAAGGACUCCUUGAUAAUAAAGUCAUGUUGGCCCUCGACUCGUCGAGCGGGACUGUCUGAGAAGAUGGCAUCAUUGUGCUAGAUGUUGUUUGAGUUCUCACGCCCUAUUUUUACUAUGUCUAGCUAGAUUAGAUUAGAUGAAAAAGAAUAAGAAUAUAGAAUCUCAUGUCGAUACAACUACCACAUCCUCGUGAUCGUGUCGCAGCUGCGACAAAUGUUCCUUGGAAGUCGUUCUUUGAUCUUGGGACCUACGUUCGAUUCCUUCUUUUCUAGCUAUUCUUCCUCAUCUAUACUUGGUUCUAGAAGACAACGCCUCCUAGUAUAAUUUUUGAUCAUGUUUUCGAUUUUCACCUGCUCAGAUCUACGCGCACACCAUACGAAGCAAGAUGGGCGCUACAGAUAAGACGAUCGUUUGCAUGGCAGGAUCAGAAACCGGUUUCCCCGUGGUCGAAACGCGGGAGAGCGUUUUGGCGUCUUUCGUGCAAGGUCUUAGAAGUACAGAAGGUCAUGAUCAAAAAUGUGCCUAUCUGACUGGUGGAAUGAGCGGAUUUCCUUCAGAGCCGUUCGCGAAGGCUUUGCCAGGUUCUUUUGCUUUGGCGCCGCAGACGGCGAAUCUUCAAGCUGCGCCGAGCGAGCAGGCUGUAAAUGCGAUCACCCUCCCCGAGGGCUUCAAACCGGAAGGGACGGGAAACGCCAAGGAGCUUCAACAGGAGAAAGAUAUCAAGAGCGCGUAUCUUGGAGCAGUGUGUGAUGUGGUGGUGGCCGCUGGUGGCGGAAAGGGUACCGUGAUAACCAAGGAGGCAAUGGAAAUGCGGGGGAAGGCAGUGAUCGAACUCACGCCGGGAAUGACAGAAGAUAAGGCCAGACAGCUAGGAGGUGGACUUGCUGAGCCAACACAGCCAGCAGAAACCUAA